UUAUAGUUUACUUUACUCUCUUAGCUUUAGUUACUCUUCUCAUCAUAUAUUUAUUUUGUCCAAACUAACAAACCAUUUGAUGUAACAUUAAACUAUCUAUCGCUGUAUGCCUCAGAGUCAGAGCUUCUUUUCAAGAGUUUCAAGAGACUGUCUCAUUUGCUUUGCUUGUUUCUCACUGUUUUUCUUGUGUGUUACAAUAAUUCUUUUUUGAUUUUCUCAUGUUUCUCACCAGGUCUAAAAGUACAGAGUUUUAUGAUUGUUUUUAAUUGUAUGGGAUGGUUUUGAUGGUGCAAUUUGUUUACCUGGUGGUGAAAGGCUUGGCUAUUCUAUUGUUACUUCAGGAAUCCGCAGGAAGUUCAACAGCGCCAUCACUAUCUCAAGCGAAUUUCGGUUCCAAUCCUAUAAGAGAAGAAGUCGUUCACCCUGACCCUCCUUGGAGGCAAUCAAGAAGAACUUCAGGCAGUCCAGAAUUUCAGCCGAAUGCUGCACCUGUCAAAAAUGUUCAGGGCAUUGUGCCAUCCUUGUCUUUCAGCACUUCUCAUGGGAAGCCACCACAUGUGGAGGGACCUAACUUGGCGCCAGAAGAUCCAGCACCUCUGUUCAACUCACCUCAAAAUCCACCAGCAACCCAACCUGUUAUGCAACAAACUAUGACCCCAGAUAGUAGGGCUCCGCUAUAUGUACCUAUUAAUCCAGAACAAAUGGCACCACCGCCAGAGGAGAUACUACAAAUACCACCAAGCGAUGAUCCUCUUGCACAAAAAAUUACGCCGUCUAGUUUUCCUGUGCCUGCUGCAUCACCUCCUCUCAACUUGCUGAUAGAACCAUUGCCUAACCAGCGAGGAGCACAAGGAAUACCUCCAUCGAAUUCACCAGUUCCUUCUGCAUCACCGUCAAGCAAAUUGCCAAGUUAUUCAGCACCAGUGCGCCCGUUAUUACCUGAAUUUCCUCCAUCUAAUUCCCCAGGGCCUGAUAUCUCAUCUGUAGCAACUCCUCUACCUAUCUUUAAGCAGAAAGGGGGUGGGAAACCAAUUGCUGCACCAUCAAAUGGUACUCCUAAGCAGGUAUCACCUCUGGACUCCCCCACAAAAGCUCCAGUGCAAUCCUUCCCAAAGGGCUCUUCAGUUGCUCCCCUACCUCAUUUAAAAAUGGAGUCGUCUUCAGCAUCAACCAGUAAAGACCCUGAUGUCGCUCUAGUAUCAACACGUCCACCAAGCUUUGACCAGAAAAGGGUUAAAAUGCCAGUUGCUGCACCGUCUAAAGGAAUCCUCAAACAGUUGUCACCCUUGGACCAUUCCUCCUCAGAAGGAUUACGUUCCCCCAUACCUGUACAAUCAACCUCAUUUUAUAGGCAUCCUCAUGCGAGAAAAAGUGUUACCAGCGCUGUUCCACCAACUAACAAAGGCAAUGACUGGAAAAAGAAUGGGCUUGCAGUUGCUGUGCCAUCAUAUGGAAGUCCCAAGAAGUUAUUACCUCAGGUUAAUAACCCUGUAAAAGCCAACGCUGCGCCCCCUUCAUAUUCCCCUAAAGUUUAUGAAGAUAGUAGGCAAAAGAGUAAUGCUCUUCCAACCCUGAAUGCAGCAAAAAGCGCUCUUCCACCUGUCUCACCACCUCGAGUACCUGCAUCCCAAGAGAUGACAAUACCCCCUUUUCCACCUCAGAAUUCGCCUUCUGGUACUUCCUCACCAGAAAAUCCAAUGGUGCCUUACCUACCACAUAUUCCAGAGCUACGCCCUCCACCUCUUAGUGAAGAUUGCGAAUCAUUAUCGUGCAGAGAGCCAUUCACCAAUAAUCCUUCUGGAUCUCCCUGUGGCUGUGUUUUGGCAAUGCAAGUUGGGCUACGGCUUGACUUGCCGUUGUAUGCAUUCUUCCCUCUGGUAUCAGACCUUGCUGCAGAUAUUUCUCGUGGGAUAGUUAUGAAACAAAGUCAAGUUCGUAUCAUGGGAGCAAAUGCAGACAGCCAGAAUCAAGAAAAGACUGUUGUCCUUUUAGACUUGGUGCCUUUUGGAGCAAAAUUUGAUAACUCUACAGCCUAUCUAAUAUAUAAAAAAUUCUAUCAGAAGGAAGUGGCGAUAGAACCUUUAUAUUUCGGCAAUUAUGAGAUCUUAUAUAUGCGUUAUCCAGGGCUUCCUGCGUCUCCACCUGCCCUCUCAACCUUUGGUGGUGAGGCGUAUUCUGGUCAGGGUAGCAAAAAGAGACCCUUUAAGCCUCUUGCGGUUGAUGUCAAUAGGCAGAGACAUAAAAAGGGACUUAAAGGCAGUGUUAUUGCAAUGAUAGUUUUGGUAGCCUCCCUGUCUCUGAUUCUGUGUUGUGCAGUUGCAUGGGUUAUGUUGUUCAGACACAGAAGGGAAAAAGCCCAACCAGAGCUAAAUCUAACUAGUCCAACGCCGUCACUGGAAGAAUCCCUAAGAUUUGCUGUUUCAAAGAUUAGCACUGGCCUGAGUUCCAUUUCACCAACGUAUAAAUCUGGUCUUUCCCCUUACACUGGAACCGCAAAGACCUUUACUGUAAUAGACAUUGAAAGAGCAACUGAUAGCUUUAACGCUUCCAGAAUAAUAGGUGAAGGUGGUUUUGGUAUUGUUUAUAGUGGUGUUCUUGAUGAUGGCACAAAAGUGGCUGUCAAGGUGCUUAAGCGAGACAAUCAACAAGGUGGUCGUGAGUUUCUGGCUGAAGUUGAAAUGCUCAGCCGCCUUCAUCACAGAAACUUGGUCAAGUUAGUGGGCAUAUGUAUGGAGGAACAUGCACGCUGCUUAGUAUAUGAACUAAUUGCUAAUGGGAGUGUGGAAUCUCAUUUACAUGGAUUUGACAAGACAGAUGCUCCACUAGAUUGGAAUGCUCGCUUGAAGGUAGCACUCGGUGCAGCUCGAGGUCUAGCCUAUCUGCAUGAAGAUUCAAGUCCACGAGUUAUACACAGAGACUUUAAGUCUAGCAACAUCUUGUUGGAACAUGAUUUUACACCGAAAGUCUCUGAUUUUGGUUUAGCUCGAAUUGGAUCAGAUGAGGAAAACAAACACAUCUCAACUCGGGUCAUGGGAACUUUCGGAUAUGUUGCUCCAGAAUAUGCGAUGACAGGACAUCUUCUCGUAAAGAGUGAUGUGUACAGUUAUGGAGUAGUCCUACUAGAGCUGAUAACAGGAAGAAAACCGGUAGAUAUGUCUCGACCAACUGGACAGGAAAACCUAGUUACUUGGGCACGUCCACUUCUGACAAGUAAAGAAGGUCUAGAGCUAAUGUUGGACAAAUCUUUGAGCCCUGAUUUCCCUUUUGAAAGUUUUGCUAAAGUAGCAGCAAUUGCUUCAAUGUGUGUUCAGCCAGAAGUUUCUGAUCGGCCUUUUAUGAGCGAGGUUGUUCAGGCCUUGAAACUAAUAUGCAAUGAGCUCUGCACAACGAAUAACUUUGAGUCAAGAUUUUGUAGCCCAGAGCAGAUAUCAACAUAUUUUGAUGCUAGACCUAGCACCGCUUCUGGUUACAUGCCAUAUCACUUGCAGUCUCCGUUUUCUGAUGUUGAGUGGGGGCUUCGAGCAUCUGAAGUUUUCAGUUCAUCAGCAAGAUUUGAUAGGACGGGUUCAAGGCCAUUUCGGGGGCACUCAAGUCCUGGUCCAAUGAGAAAUAGAAGAACCCUGCCAUUUUUAUCGCGAAUAAAAGGAUGGUCAGGAGGCAGCACAAGCAAUCAAAGGGCAAUUCUUGGAUUAUGGUCUAGAUCAAAUUAAGAACCUGAUAUUGCAACUUAAUGCAUUCGAUCUUUGUUGAAAUAUUGUGGGAAGUGGGGAAUAAUCAAGUUUAUGAGACUCGUUACAAUUCGGUGAACAAUAUCCUGCAAAAAUAUCACCAGGUAUGGGAACUGCUCAGACAAUAGUAGUGAUGAAAUCAAGGCAUAUUUAGCUCCAGCUUUUACUUGUUUGUUCUGGUCAAUGAGUGUUCAUAAGAUGUUAAAUGCUCAGCUCUCACAUAUACUCAAAACAAAUGAAUUGAUCAGAUUAUGUUGUUUAGGCCAUUGCUGUCGAAUAUAUCAAGUAGCACCAUUGCUAUCGAAUAUAUCAUGUAGAUUCUAAGAAUGUAAAUAACUUUUUCAUUUAUCAUGAUUCUAUAUUUUAUCAA